AUGAAACAGCAGUCCUUAAAAUACAAUCCCCGCUUCCUGGUGGCUGGACCAGCGCCAGCUGGAUCGCAGACCCUUCCCUCUCAGGAUCCCGAAGCCACACAGCGCUCUCUGGAGCUAGGGGAAACAGCCGGCCUGAGGGACAUUUCUGAGCCGCUCUUGAGGCGAAAACCUAAGGAAGUCCUGACAAACCGCUUCAAAAAUAACGGCUGUAUCGCCAUAACCGUGUGUUUCGCUUCGCUGCUUUGGCAAGGGCUGGAAGGGCAGGCUCCUAACCGCGAGCAAGGCGGAGCUGGGCAAGGUGUCGGGCCCUCGGCGGCUACGGGCGGUUUCUCCAGCACAUCGCCGCCCGGUCCGCACCUGCCGAGCUCCCUCACACCCAGCGACCUCCUUAAGCGCUGCUCCGACCGGCAGCCCCCCCGCGGCCGCCCCGGUAACGGCCGCCCCGGUAACGGCCGCCCCGGUAACGGCCGCCGCAGCAACCACCGCCCCGGUAACGGCCGCCCCGGUAACGGCCGCCCCGGCAACCGCCGCCCCGGUAACGGCCGCCCGGUAACGGCCGCCUGGCAGCGGCGCGAGGCGUGGCGGCGGGCCUUUCCCGCCCCGGCGCAGGAAGGGCGGGCUCCGGCCGCCGCCGCUUCCGGCGCGGGCCAUUCGAAGGGAAUGGCGGACCGGGGCUGCCUGCCGCCCGACCUGGCGGCGGAGCUGGACUCCUCCCUGACCCUGCUGGGGGGAGCCGGCGGGCGGCGGGCAGCGGAGCAGCAGCAGCAGCAGCAGGCGGAGGCGGAGAGCAGCGACCUGCUGCCCAUGGUGUUCCUGUGUGCCGGCUGCAAGCGGCCGGUGGGCGACACGCUGAGCUGGGUGACCAGCGACGAGGAGUCGGGCUCCAUCCUGUUGCGCAGUGCGGCCGCCAGCGUCUCGGUGGACAAGGAACAGCAGCUCUCCAAGCGGCCCGGCGAGUCCGGAUGCAUGGUUGAAGCAUUGUUGUGCUCUGGCUGCUCAAGGACACUUGGCAACAUCUACAGGUGCACCCCAAAGCAUCUAGACUUCAAGAGGGACUUGUUCUGUUUUGAUAUUGAUUCAAUUGAAAGUUACAUUCUAGGAUCCUCAGAAAAGAAAGCUCAUACUGAUGAGGAACCUUUAACUCUUGAAAGUCGAGCUCUCUUGGAAGAGGUGCUACAAAAGGCAGACACUGUGUUAAAGGCUCUGGAGGCAAAAGUGACUGCUGCUGAAUCAAGUAUAACUUCUCUUUGUGACAAAGUCUGAAAGAAGUUGCAUGCAGGAGGAUGACGUAUGCAAAGCUUGUCCUUGUCCUCUUCUGGAAUCCAUGGGAACAUUGCAGAAGCUGUGCAAAGAACUGAAAGACACUGGUGGCUUAUGCUGUGGUAGAAUGAUGCUGAUUGAGUCUUCACCGUGGACAAGGAGUUCCUCUCUUCACUGUUAAGAGGAUACUCCAGAAAUAGAUUAUUUUUUUUUUUUUCAUCAAUUUUCUGUAGACUUCUGACUUGGAGAUAAAAAUUUAAAUACAUAUUUACAUACGAAAGCAAAGGAUUUAUCUCCUUUCCUCCCUGCUAUUCAACAUCUUCUGUGGUGUGUGUGCUUCUCCUGAAGCCAAUUAAAAUAAAUAGUCCCUGUGAUGUCUGAAUGAACAACAUAUGUAAUUUUUCUUGUUUCCGCAGCCUUUGCUUGAUCUGUGCUUAGAGAUGGAAAUGGUACAAUAACUUUUUGGAGUGGUUUGUUGGUUUUUGUUUGUUGGUUGUUUUUGGGUUUUUUUGCAAGGACAAACCUAAAAUGUAACGUAAAAGACUUUAAAAGCGUUAGGUAAAACAGCUUUCCACACAGUAUUGAAGGUCAUAUGUUUUAUAGCUUCAGGGGGAGGAAAAUGAGGCUGGUUGGUGGAGGCACACCUUUAAGCAAAGCUAGGUGUGUAUUUGAGCAAUGAAUUAAAAGUGCUAAUUAAGAAUACUUAGCAGUAUUUUGUUGUUUUAAUGCAGAUAUUUUGGCUGUUUGUCUUUGAUCUGCUUAUUUUAACUGUCAGUGUUUUUUAAAUAGUAUGAUUGUUCCAAGUAAUUUUUUUCAAAUAAAACAAAAGCAAGCAA